AUGUCGGAAAAUCAGGGCUCUUCAAUCGCGUAUAUGCUCGUACGCGAUUUGAAACCCGGUGCAAAAAAUGUUAACCUGCAGUUUAUGGUGCUAGAGCAACUGGGGAAUUGCUAUCGCACGAAGGAAGGAACCGAACUCCGAACAUUUCGAGUAGCGGACAGGUCCGGGUCAAUAAACUUCUGUUUAUUUGGCGAAGAAGGACAACAUUUGAAGCCAGGUGAUAUCUGCAGAUUACUGCGCGGUUAUUGUGCCAUGUUCAAGACAUAUUUGACAGUCUACGUCGGGAAAGGUGGCGAUCUGAAACGGAUUGGAGAAUUCUGUUUUCCGAUUUGCGAAGAGCCGAAUAUGAGUGAAAUUCCGUUUCCUCCUCCUGCCUCCUUUAUGCAACAGAGUGGCCAUAGCUUCGCCAGUUCGUCCGGUAUGAAUGCGCCUGGCCCUUCGCAUGCUCAUGGACCGUUGUUAUCCUUCGGAGAAAAUCAUAAAGGAUUGCGUGGAUAG